AUGGCUACAAAGCGUGUCGUCCAGUCAUUUAUCCAUGGCAAAGCCGCCGUGACGUCGCCUUCCAGCGCCUGUAGCACGCUCCUGAACGCCGCCACGGGCGCUCCCGAGACGACUGUGUAUGCAGCGACGUCUGCCCAAGUGCAAGAGGCCGUCGCGUCGGCGCAGGCGGCGCAGCAGCACUGGAAACGGCUGAGUCCUGCGCAACGAGGCGCAGUAUUGCGCAAAGCAGCGGACCUUUUGACCGCCGAGACCGACCGCCUCGCGACGCUCGAGACGCUCGACACGGGACGGGCCAUUGCAGAGACGCGUGCGACGGACGUCGCCAGUGCGAGCGACUGCCUCUACUACUAUAGCGGUGUGAGUCCCUCGAUAGGCGGCCAACACGUGACGCUCGAGCGCGGCAAUUGGGCGUACACGAAGCGCGAGCCACUGGGCGUGACGGUGGGCAUUGGCGCGUGGAAUUACCCGUUGCAAAGCGCCGCGUGGAAGUCGGCCCCAGCGCUCGCGUUUGGCAACUCGAUGGUGUUCAAACCGUCGGAAGAGACGCCGCUGUCGGCGCUCAAGUUGGCGCAAGUGUACCGCGCCGCAGGGGUCCCGGACGGCGUGUUUAAUGUCGUAUUGGGCGCGCGCGCGACGGGCGAAGCACUGGUGCAACACGACGACGUGGCCAAAGUCUCGUUCACGGGAUCGAUUGCCACGGGGGCCCACGUGUACGCGCGCGCGGCCGCGAAGCUGAAGAAAGUGACCAUGGAACUGGGCGGCAAGUCGCCGUUGAUUGUGUUUGCCGAUGCAGACGUCGAGGAAGCGGUUGCGGGCGCCAUGAUGGGCAACUGGUACUCGUCUGGACAAGUGUGCUCGAAUGGCACGCGCGUGUACGUGCAGCGGCAGAUAUUUGAUCGGUUUGUGCACCGCGUGCACGAACGCACGCUGAAGCUGCGCAUUGGCGACCCCAUGGACCCAACGACGGACAUUGGGCCCAUGAUCCACGCCAAGCACAUGGAACUUGUGCAGAGUUACAUUGCAAAGGGUGUAGCCGAAGGAGCGACUUUGCUGGAAGGAGGAGGUAAACGCAUUGUGCCGUCGGAGCAGACCAAAGAGGGGUUCUUCCUGACGCCUGCUAUCUUCGUCGACUGCAGCGACGACAUGACGAUUGUGCGUGAAGAGAUUUUUGGCAUGGUCAUGUGUAUCUUGCCAUUUGAUACCGAGGAGGAGGUGUUGGCUCGGGCGAAUGAUACGAGCUUUGGUCUAUCGGCGGGUGUCUUUACCAAAGACAUUACACGCGCGCACCGCAUGAUUGAUGAGCUGCAGGCUGGCACAACGUGGAUCAACAAUUACAACCUCGCACCUGUGGAAACGCCGUGGGGUGGCUACAAGAAGUCUGGCGUCGGUCGUGAAAACGGUCUAGCAGGCGUUGAGUCGUGGACGCAGUUGAAGUCCGUGUACGUCGAGAUGAAUGGCGUUGACUGCCCUUAUGCCAAAUGA